AUGCUCUUCCGUGCUAAGCCACUUUCACCGCCGCCUCCCGUUGUUCAAUUGCUCGCGCACACUGACAUCCAGUCGCCAAACUUACCUGCGCUCCUGAUGCACAAUGACGUGAAAGACGGCCCUCCCCUCGCGUUCAGGGAGAAUGCCAUCAGUAAAACUUCGCACAAGCAUGCGCCAAAGAAGAUGGUCAGCUUCGAGCCUGCUAGCCUCAAGACGUGUCCUCCCAUAGCUCAAGUGCACCAGCCAUCAAAACCGUCGUCGAAGCCUCCCACCCAAGCUCGUACUCCCAUCAGCGACUUGGAGGAGGAGGAAUUCGAGGAGCAGACCUUGAAGCUCUUGCUCUGCGUCCCUCCUGGUGGUCCUUCUCACGUCAAGGACUCGGACUUUGCGAUCUUGACUGGGUGGAGCAAAGAUUUCAUCGCCGAAUUCCAGAAUGCGGUCGAGAGUCUCGCCAGCAAGAAGUUCGACCCCAAUCAGUCCUUGAGCAAGCAAGAUCCAGAAGUCAAGGCGCAAGUCGUUUCUGAAAUCCAGGAAGCGUAUCCUAUUGUGAACAAGUACAUAGACCUCUGGCCCCUUGAAAAGGCACUUAUUCGUGCCUGCAAGAAUUCGUCCGCCAAGGAGGCGAGAAACUCGGAGAAGGCCGUCGUCAAGACACUCAAAAAAAACUUGCGACCACGCAGUGAUCGUAUUCAUCAGUAG